UUCCCUCUAAAAGGUCGCGACGAUGGCUCCUGGAAAUGGCCAAAAGCGGUGAAAUUUUAUAGCAUACAGACCAUAAAAUGACGCCAUUUUUAGUCAACCACGGCAGCAGCUGCUUAUGGUCCGGGUCAGCCGAAGCCACCAAUCCAUUUCCAGAGCCGAACCCAGAAGAAGAAUCCUCAUCAGCAACAAAUGAUUCCUCUUCUUCUUGCUCUACUGCUUCUCUCUGGUUUCACGCCGAUCAGGCCGGUCAAAUCCCACCAAGAAUCCGGCGAGUGGAGCUGCGAAUCGGACUCCGAUAUUGGAAUUGUAGCCGAGUUUCGCCCCGGCAUCAUUACUCUCGAUGGACACGCUGAUGAUUGGAACGACAUUGAUGGAUUCGAGUUUUCUCUCUUACCGGCUCUUGACCCAGAUGAAGACAAAGAAUAUAGUGGUGGGAAGAUGACCGUUAAGGCUUUACAUGAUGGGAAGGACGUUUUCUUCUUGCUCCAGGUCGAUGGGCAAUAUCAAUACUCAAAAGGUGACAGUUCCAAAUGUCCAUCAGUUGCUCUCAUGUUCCAGAUUGGUGAGAGUGCCACCUAUCACAGUAUGGGUGGCUGUAAGGAAGGAAAGGAUACUUGCACGAACAAAACUUGCAAGGGAUAUGAAGUGGACCUCAUGCAUUUUUCCAUUGGAAAUGCUAUUCCAGGACGGUUGUAUGGUGGGAACAAUUUAGACAUUGGAACUGGAGGUGACAGAUUUGGACAUUUGGUGGACGUGUAUGCUUGGAAUCCUCAUUGUAGAUACUUAGAUGGAAUUGGCCCAUCUGGAAAUGAUUCAAGUGCGAAGAACGACUGGAAAGGUGCAUGGUGGCACAGCAGCUUUUCCCAUCAUUCAGGUUUCGUGGAGGAAGAUAGUCCAUAUUCAUCAGAUAACCAAAAGGGUACUUAUUAUUUCGAAUUCUCUAGGCCUUUAAGAACCUCGGAUCGUCUUCAACAGGAUGCGCAGUUUGUCAUUGGUGGAUCAAGUAAGAUGUCGGCUGCAUUUUGGUAUCCUGUGGAUGGGAAGCCAUGGCAUGGCUCUGGACACUAUUCAAUUCACUGCGAUUGGACAUCUUUAGAUUUCUAUUCCAGUAGUUCAAAACUGACCUCAUCGUCACAUGGGAGUGGCUCGGGGAGCACUGCGAGUAUUUUUGCCCUCUUGAUCUCAGUAAUCUCUUUGUGCCUCUCUGUUGUUGUUGUGUACAGACUUUUCAGACCCCAAAGUGUGGCUGUUGAGUACACAGUUCUCAGACCUCAAAAUGUGGCUCUUACAUCCAUGGACAACAACAACCACCCUUAGAAGUGAGUGUUUCUUCUUUUUGAAUUGUAUUAUCGAUCAACUUUCCUCUUCGCAACUUGUUGUUCUUUACAAAACUUUCCACUUUCUGCUGUUCUUUGUGGGGCUAACAGGUUUUUUAUUAUGAGGUUUUAAUUGUUGGUUUAUUAUAAGAUGUCCACUUUGGGUUGUGCCAUGUGGGUGUAGGCUGUUGUUAAGUUUAGAUAGUGAAUGGAAAAGUUGUGUAUGGAUUGAUAUCGUGAUAUCGUGAUUCUUUUCCUUUUCAA